AAUGGUAUGUUUGGAAAAAGGAAAAUUCUGCCCAACAACGUAUUCGCUAUUGGCCUCCUCAGUCAAUGCGUUGACUUCGGGUGGGCCGGAGCGAAUGAACUAUAACUCUCUAACGGUUAACGGUUUCGAAAUCCAACAAAAAAAUUAAAUAUUUAAAAGAAUAUCCCGGAAAAGUUUUUCAAAAAAUAAAAAAAAAAUUAAUCGUGAUCGGUCUUCCCAGUGAUGAGAAGUGUUUUUGUUUCUGUUUAUGGAAAAGGAAAAGAAAAUAUAAAAUUUGUGCUGUUUUUCAAUUUUCCAGUGCAAUAAAUUUUAGUUAAAAAUGAUAACCUCUUCCAGAUAGUAUUAAAUGUGUUUUUGAAAAAAGAAGAAUCAAAGUUCUUCAAAAAAUCAUAAAUUUAAGUAACAAAAAUCUCUUUAAGAAAAAAAAAAUGUUAGAAUACGACUCAGCAGAUGAGGCAAAUCAGGAGCUUCUUAAGAAACUCAAACAUCUUGAUGUUCGAGUUGAAUCAGGUGAAAAUCCUGAAGGGGGAGGUGGUGUUUUUAAAAAAGGCUCCUGGAAAUUAGUCAAAUGGAAAUCUGCACUCAAUCACAUUGGAUUAUUGAUCUCGCUGUCGAUCUACUGCGGAGUGGGUGGUGUGAUAUUUCGACAGUUAGAACGACCUGCUGAAGUUGAAAGAGUAACACAUUUAAAAGAAGUGGUAAAGACACAAAGAGAACGUUUCAUUUGGGCGAUUCUAAACAAUACAGAUAUGAGCAAUCUCGAUCGAUUGGUCAAUUUUGAAUUGAGAAAAUAUGAAGAGGCAGUUCAGGAAGCUGCAGAAGGUGGGCUCCUAGUUGUUGCCGAGAAAGACUUCCCUCAGCUCUACGAGAGAUGGAGUAUACUACAGGCUGUGUUCUUCUCUUCCACUGUCCUCACAACAAUCGGCUACGGUAACAUUGUUCCAGUUACAACCGGAGGCCGGGUAUUUUGUAUAUGUUUUGCUUUGAUUGGCAUUCCAUUUACAUUAACUGUGAUAGCCGAUUGGGGUCGUCUAUUUGCCACUGCCGUCUCCGUUUUAGGAAAAUAUUUACCAAAGAAGCCAUCAAUAUCGAAUGUGAUAGGCAAGACAUGGUUCUACGCCAUAGCUGCUGUUUGUUUUCUAGGUGUGUAUUUAGCUAUUGGAGCCGGGCUCCUUCUAUUAUGGGAAGAUGAUUGGACAUUUUUCGAAGGAUUUUAUUUUUGUUUUAUCACAAUGACAACAAUAGGAUUUGGUGACUUGGUUCCAAAAAAACCCAACUACAUGCUGAUAUGCACGUUAUACAUUUUAAUUGGAUUAGCGUUAACUUCAACAAUUAUUGAAUUAGUUAGAAGACAAUAUGCUGAUAGUUGGGCCAAGAUACAGGAAUUAUCUGGACCAAUGGCGGAAACACUUAGAAGACUUGGUGAAACAGCUGGUACGGGUCUAGACUAUAUGGCACUACAACGUGUGCUGACGGUUUCAAUGCCCAAAUGGAAUUCAUCAAAGAAAACAACACAAGAGCAAGAAAUAGCUGCUCUAGAAGCCAUUACAAAUGCCAUUUUAAAAGAAGUUAAAGAAGCACAGAAUAAUAAACCAAAAGUUUUACAAAUUGUUAUAUACGAAACAUCAGUGUAGUUAGAAAUAUUAUAUAUAAUUUAUUUAAAUUUAAGUUUAGUAAGAAUUGAUUAUUAAAAUCGUAUAAAUAUUUUAAAGAAUUAGUAAGCAUAUAAUAUAUAGAAUAUCUUAUAAGUAAUGUAUUUAUAUUUUAAUUAAAUUAUAAACUAUAUAAGUCUUUUGUACACAAUUUAAACAAAAAAAUGCAUACAAAAUCAUUGCCUACAAAGUCCUGCCUAUUUUUAAAUAAGUUUUAUCUUUUUAUUAUGUAAAUAUUAAAUGUAAAAUAUGUAGGAAUUAUAAAAUUAUAUGAGUGUUAAUAUGAAUAAAUGAAAACACCAAUUUUAUUAAUGAAGAAAAUGACAAAGUAAACAAUUUUUGUUUUUAAGUUUAGCUGUAAAU